GAUUCUUUCACAAUUGUUAUUCAAAUCUGAAAGAUACACCAAAUCGAGCUCGGUGUAGCAACAAUGCAGUAUUUUAGUAAAUUAACGAAAACAGUGUUAAAGAACAGAAUUCAAGUGUACGUGCUAAGUAGAAACAUGUCGGGAGAUUACUUGAUAAACAAUGAAAAAUAUUCUUUUCUGAAGGAUCUUGGGCUAAAAGCCAGCAAUCUUGGUGUUUAUAAUGGGAAAUGGGGCGGAUCUGGAGAAACAGUAAAAUCAAUCGAUCCCAGCACAGGGAAAGUAAUCGCAGAAGUCAAAUACGGUUCAGUGGCGGACUACCAAUCUUGCGUGAAAGAAUCCGAAAAGGUCUGGGAGCAAUGGGCCAGACUACCUGCCCCCAAACGCGGGGAGAUUGUGAGACAAAUAGGAAACGCCAUAAGGGAAAAACUGACACCUUUAGGUCAACUAGUCUCUUUGGAAAUGGGGAAAAUACUGCCUGAAGGCAUAGGGGAAGUGCAGGAAUACGUAGAUAUCUGCGAUUACGCGGUAGGACUGUCAAGAAUGUUACCAGGCGCUAUAUAUCCUUCAGAGAGGCCCAAUCAUAUUCUUCUGGAGCGUUGGAAUCCCCUUGGAAUUGUCGGCGUUAUAUCAGCUUUCAAUUUUCCUUGCGCCGUUUAUGGAUGGAACAGCGCCAUCGCUAUGGUCUGCGGGGACAACGUCUUGUGGAAACCCUCGGAAACAACCCCUCUGAUAUCCAUAGCCACCACUAAAAUCCUGGCGGAAGUCCUGGAAAGAAACGACUUGCCUGGAGCUAUAGCCUCUUUAUGCUGCGGCGGGGCUGACGUUGGAAAAGCAAUGGCGGCCGAUGAAAAGAUUAAACUGUUGUCGUUCACAGGUAGCUGCGAGAUUGGGCAAAAGGUUGGCGUAGAGGUGCAGAAGAGGUUCGGGAAGCAUCUUCUGGAAUUAGGCGGUAAUAAUGCUUUAAUUGUGGCAGAAGACGCCGAUCUUAAUAUGGUGGUGCAGGCGGCUUUGUUCGCUUGCGUUGGUACCGCCGGGCAAAGAUGCACGACCACGAGGAGGUUGAUUUUGCACCAAAAGGUGUAUACAGAAGUAUUGGAAAGACUGAAAAAAGCAUAUGCCCAAGUUAUAAACAGGAUAGGAGACCCCUUGAGCGAAAACACCCUCAUCGGCCCACUGCACAGCGAACAAUCUCUGAAAAAGUACAAAGACACCAUCGAAAAAAUCAAGAAACACGGGGGUACCAUAGAGUUUGGAGGCAAAGUCUUGGAGAGAGAGGGCUAUUUCGUUGAACCUACCAUCGUGACUGGGCUGAACCACGACGAUGCUCUGGUACAAAACGAAUGUUUCGCACCCAUUGUUUACGUGUUGAAGGCUGACAGUGUGGAGGAAGCGAUCACGUGGAACAACGAGGUACCACAAGGUCUCUCCUCGAGUAUCUUCACGCAAAACAUCGGCCAUAUUUUCGAGUGGGUAGGUCCGAAAGGAUCCGACUGUGGUAUAAUAAAUGUUAACAUAUCGACAUCUGGAGCUGAAAUUGGAGGAGCCUUCGGUGGGGAGAAACAUACAGGAGGAGGAAGAGAAUCUGGAAGCGACGCUUGGAAACAGUACAUGAGGAGGUCUACAAUCACUAUAAAUCACUCGAAAGAGAUGCCCCUUGCCCAGGGAAUAAAAUUCGAGUGAUAAAUUCAAUAAACUUUUUUUUUUAA